GAAACUUUCAUCCUUCUGUCACGCUUUGAGCUAAUAGAAUAUUAAUAUAAUAUGAUUAUAGAUUCACUUGACCUUUCUAUUGUAUUGUCAGUCAGUUUUCUCGAAUAAAUAUCCCAAGUGUAGAAUUGUCAGUGUAACUACAUCUGAAAAAAACGUCACGACCAGAUGUCAAAUGUGUUUAUUGUGUGGUAUUGCAAAUACAAUUGUAGAUUGCCACUACAAAUGUGAACAAAAUAAACACUUUAGAUCUGCAACCCUUACAUUUUAAUACAUGUUAAAGUCAACGUCUGCACUUCUAAGAUAUUGUUGCUAUAAUUCUAUAGAGACUUGCAUUGCUAGGCUGCUUCUCCUGUGAGUGAUGGUUGCUUUGACUAUAUUCCCCCAUUGAGAGUUGGAUUGAAACUGCAACACUAAUAAGACAACAGACAGCUGGGUAUAUUAGAAGUAAACAGCUCUAAACAAUUCUGUAUUAGCCACUUUUUGUAUGUGCAGUUAUCUGUACACUUUUUUGAGAUUUAUGAAUCUUUUUCCCAUUCACUGUGCACAAGAAAGCUAAACUUGAUGAAAUCCUCAUGAAGAUGUGUUAUUGUAACUACAAAACCAUAGAUGGCACUUUCAUAUUUACCAUAUGUGAGUGUAUUUACAGUACACAUUUGAUAAUCAUAAUCACGAGAUCUAUGUUUCACUUUAGUGAUGUUUUGUUAUUGUGCUAAGACGAGUGAUUUCAUGUGCAGGAUGUGUGACUUGGGUCAGUUCCACUUAUUUAUCAACUAGAUUAAGCAGGUUUAAUCUAGUAAAUAAAAAAGUGGCGUAUUCCAUCUUUAUUUGCAUGUAUAUAUGUAACAUGGUUAUGGAUAUAGCACUUAAAACUUACAUUUUUCAUUGAGCGGUCAAUUAUCUUUCAUAUGGCUCUAACAAAGUAUUGUAACGCUGUAAAAAUUCUACAGUAAAAACCUGUUGGUUUACCAGUAAGUUCGCUUUCUAUAAGUAGAUCAGACAUUUUGUGUAAUUUUACAGUAAAAUACAGUUUUGGCAUCUUGUAAAUUUGCAUUCCCAGAAUUCCCUGUAUGUGUGACAUCUUAUGUUGGAUAGAUUCUCAUUUAAAUAAUGUUUCUUAGUUUUUAUCAGUUGUAUGAGUUAUGUACAUGUUAAAUUAAUGUGUAUAGCAUUCUUUUGUGUUUGGACCUUCUACAUAAUUAGGAUUUAUAUCAUCUUGUGGAAAAAACUACUUCAGGUUAAUUCAGAUCCUGGAAGUCCCCUAAAGCUCCGUGGCAUCAUCCCGGCUUCCUCCAUCAUGUCAGAGACUCGACCAACCCCUGCACAAACUGAGCUGCCUUCAGAGUCUCCAGAGGUGGAGUGUCCGGUCUGCUAUCAGGAGUACGACCAGGUCUCUAAACUCCCGCGCAUGCUGGAAUGCCUUCACGUCUUCUGCACCGAGUGUCUCCGCAAAAUCCAGCUCACUCCUUUGCACCCGCCUGACCCCAACAGCGCCCCCUCGAUCUCCUGCCCCCUGUGCCGCCACUCCACCCCGCUUCAAGGUGGCGACGCUUACUCUCUCCCCUGCAACUCACGGAUUCUCGCCCAGCUCCCUCCCGUUGCCUUCCGCCUGCCUGCGUCGGUGUCGGCCCGCCUGUCCACGGUGACCCAGCGCCUGGUUCUGUCCCUGGGGGAGAGGGACACCCGUUUCAUAAUCCUGCCCACUGUUAGUCUGAGGGUGGAGCAGAUGGGAGACCGCACAGAACGGGAAAACCCACCUGGGGUGCUGCGUCGAGAGAUGGAGGUUUUGAGGAGACACAAGAAGAGCCUGAUGUGUGUUCAGGUUCUGGCUAUCUUCUUCUGGAUUUCGUUUGUGCUGACUUGUGUUUUUGGGGUUGUGUUUGGGCCACGAUUUUUUCACAAUUAAGGGUUUAUAUCCUCUAAAUGCAUUAAUUUAUUGAUUCCGUCCCUGCGUCUCCCAAAUGAGAUCUUUUAUAAUAACAAUAUAUAUAAUACAGCCAAGCUAAUGUUGAUUCUUGUUUUAUUACGAGCUCUGUCUCGUUCUCUUUUUGCCAGCAGACUCUCCUCUGUUCAGCGUUUGCUUUAAACGGCUGAUUCCCGGAGGUUUGAGACUUACGCCGCCUUCACACUGGCAGUUGAAAUCAGCUCCGAUGCGGCUGCGAAAUGACCGGAAGUCAUUCAUUU